CACAGAGCCGCGUGAACAACAUCAAAAUUCGCCGGUUGAGAGGCGGUCGCACAGAGAACGGCCUUGAGCGCCAUGUCGUCUUCAAUGGACGCAGCACAGGCGCAAUGGCUGGAGCAGCUCGCCAAUAUGCGCAAGGCCAUUGCCGAACUGAACCUACCCGCUGAUGCCGACAAAGCACCAGCAUAUGGCGAUGACAUGGAGUUCGACGACGACGACUUCUCGGGUACCGCCAGCGGAGAAGACAUCUGGGACAUUGUCAGCGACGAAUACGAAGAUGAAUAUAGCAGCGACCAUCUCGAUCACGCCCCAGAAAACUCCAGUGGAAGCAGCGCCUACGAACAGCAAUGGCUGAGCAAGAAGUGCGAGGGUGUCGCUCAAAGAAGUUCCGGUCUCGAUGCAGGAGCAUUGAAAGACCAGGUCUUGGCCAUCUUGAGCAGCGACAGCAGCAACGAUGAGCUGCAGAUGAUGUUAGCAGACAUUGUGGGCUACGAAGAGCUAGAUCUGGUCGCUGAUCUCAUCUCACAUCGCAAGGAUAUUACCCGGUCGUUGCUUGAGCCAACUCCAGGCGAACGCAAUGGCAUCUCAGGUCGCCUCAUGACUCGAGCAGAGCGCGAAGAAGCGUUGCGCAGGCAGGACUGGGAGCACAAGAAUGUUGCACUGUCAGCCGCAGUUGACCGCACUGGGCCGCAAUACCCACAUGUCUACCAAACCUACUCAGCGGGCAACAAACUCUCUGCUUACGGCAAGAAGUACGCACUUCCUACGAACCACAAGCACCACGAUGACAACCUCUACGAAGAGUACGAAAUUCCCGCGAUGCCAGUGGGAACCAUUGGAGCAGGCCGAAGGCUCGUCGAGAUCAGCGAAUUGGAUGGCCUGUGCCGGCGGACCUUCAAAGGCUACAAAUCCCUUAAUCGCAUGCAAAGCUUGGUGUAUCCCGUAGCAUACAAGACGAGCGAGAACAUGCUCAUCUGCGCGCCUACCGGUGCUGGUAAAACGGACGCAGCGAUGCUCACUAUCCUCAAUACCAUCGGGAAGAACAUCGUUCCCAAUCCGAUCGAGGAGCCUGAAGCCACCGACUUCACAGUUAUGAUGGAGGACUUCAAGAUCAUCUACGUAGCACCUAUGAAGGCGCUCGCUGCUGAAGUCACAGAGAAGCUUGGAAAGCGUCUCGCCUGGCUGGGCAUUAAGGCACGCGAGUUGACUGGAGAUAUGCACCUUACCAAAGCUGAGAUCCUGGACACACAGAUCAUCGUCACAACACCAGAGAAGUGGGAUGUUGUAACAAGAAAGAGCACGGGAGACACCGAGCUCGUCCAGAAGGUAAGGCUACUCAUUAUUGAUGAGGUCCACAUGCUGCACGAUGAGCGUGGUGCUGUGCUAGAGAGCUUGGUGGCAAGAACACAAAGACAGGUUGAGAGCACACAGUCUCUCAUCCGUAUUGUUGGUCUUUCCGCUACAUUGCCCAACUACGUUGAUGUAGCCGACUUCCUUCGCGUGAACAAGAUGGCCGGUCUGUUCUACUUCGAUGCAUCCUUCCGUCCAGUCCCUCUCGAGCAGCACUUCAUUGGCGCAAAGGGUAAGCCUGGUACAAUGAAGUCACGGGAGAACCUAGAACAAGUAGCUUUCGACAAGGUCAAGCAGAUGCUGGAGAGAGGCCACCAGAUUAUGGUCUUCGUGCACUCCCGGAAGGACACUGUCAAGACAGCAAGAAGACUAUUCGAUCAAGCUACGGACGAUCAAUGUACCGACCUCUUCGACCCGACAGAUCAUCCCAAGUACGACGCUGCUGUUCGCGACAUGAAGCAGUCGAAGGGACGAGAACUUCGGGAGCUGCUUGGCAAAGGUAUGGGCACUCACCAUGCCGGCAUGCCCCGUUCGGACCGAAACCUUAUCGAGCGACUCUUUGCCGAGGGUGUUAUCAAGGUCCUUUGCUGUACAGCAACCCUAGCCUGGGGUGUCAACUUGCCAGCCGCUGCUGUCCUGAUCAAGGGUACUCAAGUUUACAACGCACAGGAGGGUAAAUUCACGGAUCUUGGUAUUUUGGACGUCCUGCAGAUCUUCGGUCGUGCUGGUCGUCCUCAGUUCCAAGACACUGGUAUCGGUUUCAUCUGUACCACCCAUGAUCGUCUUGACCACUACAUGCGAGCUAUAACAGAGCAGCAGCCGAUUGAGUCAAGAUUCUCAUCCAAGCUUGUCGACAACCUCAAUGCCGAGAUUUCUCUUGGCACAGUCACCACGGUAUCAGAGGCCGUGCAAUGGCUUGGAUACUCCUACCUAUUUGUGCGGAUGCAGAAGAGUCCUUUGCUAUAUGGUAUCGAGUGGGCUGAGAUCAGGGAUGAUCCGCAGCUGGUGGGCCGGAGACGCAAACUCAUCAUUGAUGCUGCUCGUGUCCUGCAAAAGAGCCAAAUGAUCGUCUUCAACGAGACCACAGAGGACCUCCGUGCUAAGGACGUGGGUCGCAUCGCCAGUCAGUUCUACGUUCAGCAGUCAAGUAUUGAGAUCUUCAACACUAUGAUGCGCCCCCGCAGCACAGACGCUGACGCUCUGGCUAUGGUCAGUAUGAGCGGUGAGUUCGAUCAAGUCCAAUCUCGCGAAACUGAAGAGAAGGAACUCUCGGCGCUCAAAGAGGAAGGCUACGUCAUCACCGAAGUCAAGGGUGGCUACGCGACAGCGCACGGCAAGACAAAUUACCUUCUGCAGGCUCACAUCUCACGAGCACGACUGGAGGACUUCACGCUUGUCUCGGACACCAACUACAUCAAGCAGAACGCUUCGCGCAUCGCCAGAGCAUUGUUCAUGAUAGCGCUUAAUAGGCGUUGGGGCUACCAAUGCUUGGUUCUGCUCAGCCUUUGCCAGUCGAUCGAACACCAGGUGUGGUCCAUCGAGCAUCCGCUCCAUCAAUUUGAUCUACCUCAGCCGGUUUUGCGAGCGCUCGAUCAGAGAUACACCUCGAUCGAGGCUUUGCGCGAUAUGGAGCCACGAGAGAUUGGCGACCUCGUGCACAACACGAAGAUGGGCGGCGUCAUCUCCAAGCUGCUGGACAAUUUCCCAACGCUUGGUAUCGAGUCCGAGAUCGCGCCCCUGAACCGCGACGUUCUUCGCAUCCGCUUGUGGCUUACGCCUGAGUUCAGGUGGAAUGACCGACACCACGGCACAUCGGAGUCAUUCUGGAUCUGGGUCGAGAACUCGGAAACCUCGGAGAUCUACCACUACGAGUUCUUUAUCUUGUCUCGCAAGAAGCUGUACGACGACCAUGAGCUGAACUUCACAAUUCCACUCACAGACCCACUGCCGACGCAGAUCUACGUACGCGCUGUUUCUGAUCGAUGGCUGGGUGCGGAGACCGUACACCCUAUCUCUUUCCAGCAUCUCAUCCGGCCAGACACCGAGAGCGUCUACACUGAUUUGCUCGAUCUGCAGCCUCUGCCCAUCGCAGCUCUGAAGAAUCCGCUUCUUGAAGAGUUGUACGCCCAGCGCUUCCAGUACUUCAACCCUAUGCAAACACAGAUCUUUCACUGCUUAUACUACACUCCGGCGAAUGUGCUUCUCGGAUCACCUACAGGUAGUGGUAAGACUGUUGCAGCUGAGCUUGCCAUGUGGUGGGCUUUCAGGGAAAAGCCAGGCUCCAAGGUCGUCUACAUCGCACCCAUGAAAGCACUCGUUCGAGAGCGAGUGCAGGACUGGGGCAAGCGUCUCGCGGGGCCAAUGGGACUCAAGCUUGUCGAGUUGACUGGUGACAACACGCCAGACACUCGCACGAUUCGCGAUGCAGACAUCAUCAUCACCACUCCUGAGAAGUGGGACGGUAUCAGUCGUAGCUGGCAGACUCGUGGGUACGUCCGCCAAGUCAGUCUGGUCAUCAUCGACGAGAUCCACCUGCUCGGUGGUGACCGUGGUCCCAUUCUCGAGAUCAUUGUGUCUCGUAUGAACUACAUCGCCUCACAGAAGAAGGAUGGCUCUAUUCGACUUCUCGGUAUGUCGACCGCUUGCGCGAACGCGUCAGAUCUUGGCAACUGGCUUGGUGUCAAAGAGGGCCUUUUCAACUUCCGCCACUCAGUCCGCCCUGUUCCGCUGGAGAUCUUCAUCGAUGGCUUCCCCGAACAGCGCGGUUUCUGUCCGCUCAUGCAAUCGAUGAACAGACCUACGUUCCUCGCUAUCAAGCAGCACUCGCCAGAGAAGCCAGUCAUCGUGUUCGUGGCGUCGCGUCGUCAGACACGCCUGACUGCUCGCGACCUAAUCAACUUUUGUGGUAUGGAAGACAAUCCUCGACGUUUCCUUCGCAUGUCCGAAGAUGAUUUGGCUUUGAACCUUGAACGAGUGAAGGAUGAUGCAUUGAGGGAAGCACUGAGCUUUGGCAUCGGCCUUCAUCAUGCCGGUCUUGUCGAGACUGAUCGCUCGCUGUCUGAGGAGCUGUUUGCAAACAACAAGAUACAGAUCCUCGUCGCCACCAGUACCCUGGCUUGGGGUGUAAACCUGCCAGCUCAUCUCGUUGUUGUCAAAGGUACCCAAUUCUUCGACGCCAAGUCGGAAGGCUACAAAGACAUGGAUCUGACCGAUGUGUUGCAAAUGUUGGGUCGUGCCGGGCGUCCUCAGUUCGAUUCUUCAGGUAUCGCACGCAUCUUCACGCAGGACGCGAAGAAGGAGUUCUACAAGCAUUUCCUGCACACUGGUUUCCCGGUCGAGUCUUCCUUGCACAAGGUCCUAGACAACCAUUUGGGCGCCGAAAUCUCAGCUGGCACCAUUGGCACCAAGCAGGAUGCACUCGAUUACCUGACUUGGACGUUCUUCUUCCGCCGCCUGCACAAGAAUCCCUCCUUCUACGGCCUCGAAAUCUCCGCCGAAGAGCACAACACCAUCGCCGCCCAAACCAUGGCAAAUGACUACAUGAUCGACCUGGUCGAGACCUCUCUUAAAGAACUCCAUGAAUCGUCCUGCGCCGCCGUUGAGCCCACGGGAGAAGUCGACUCCACCCCGCUCGGCAAGAUAAUGUCGUACUACUACCUCUCGCAUAAGACGAUCCGCUACCUCGUCGCCCACGCAAAGCGCAACGCAACCUUCCUCGACGCGCUCACCUGGAUCUCGCAUGCUACCGAAUACGACGAGCUCCCCGUGCGACACAACGAGGACCUCAUCAACGCCGAGCUGUCCAAAGCGCUCCCGCUGAGUGCCGAUCACUUCGGCCUGCCGAUGUGGGAUCCACACGUCAAGUCUUUCUUGCUGCUACAAGCGCACUUCUCGCGCAUCGACCUGCCGAUCAGUGAUUACGUGGGCGACCUGAACAGUGUAUUGGACCAGUCGAUCCGUAUUGUGCAAGCUUCCAUCGACGUGCUCACCGAACUCGGGUACGUGAGUUCCUGCACGCAAAUGAUCACACUACUCCAAUGCAUCAAAUCCGCGCGCUGGCCGGACGACGGCCCGCUCGCCAUCCUCCCCAACGUCGAGCCUAAAGACGAGAAGAAGCGUCUCGAGCACGCCCGCGCGUUGCCAAAGACACUGAUCGACGCCACCACAAUCUCCCCAUCAAACCUCGAGAAAGCGCUGCGCUUCGCAGGCGUCGCACCCCCACAGCUCAAGCGCAAUGCCGAGCCUAUCGGUCGCCUGCCGAUUCUGUCCCUCGCGCUGGGUGCGUACAACGCCGUGUCUUUCAGCCUGAACAUCACGCGUCAAAACCACGCGCGUAUGCAGAACGGCGGUGUCAGGAUCUACGCACCGCGGUACCCUAAGCCGCAGACGGAAGGCUUCUUCCUCGUGCUGUCAUACAGCAGUACAGAUGAGAUCAUCGCGUUGAAGCGCGUGAACUGGGCGGAUCCAAGUCGAUCUGGGCCUGCUGGACGCGGGAGGGGAAGGGGGCAAAAGCAGAUCGCUUAUGGCAGUGGAGUUGGUGCUGGCGGAGCGAAACUGCACGCCUCGGCCAAGGUAUCGUUGCCACCGGAGGCGCAGGGUAAGAAGGUCGAUGUUAGUGUAUAUAGUGAUUCGUAUAUUGGGAUGAAGUGGAGUAUUGAGGGGGUCGAGAUACCGAUGGCGCCUGUUGUGGAUGAUGGAGAGAAGAAGAAGGAGGGUGGUGCUGGUGUGUGGGAUAAUGACAACCUGUAGUUGCGCUUAU